UCAUCCGUCCUCUGAUGAGAAGCUGGUGAAUGUGAGAUAACACAAGACAUACUUAAUUCUUUAAAAAGAAGAUAUCCAUCUUCUCUAAACCCCGGCAUUUAAGUGGAUUCAGCAGCUGAAAUCUGGAUCAUCAGGCAGUAUGACGGCCUCAUUUCAGGACUCACACAGGUUGUCUGUUAAGACGUGGACGGAGGAGGAGAGCGACCAUGCUGACAGCACGCUGAGCAGAGGACAGUCAGUAUGUGACGACACCUCUUCAGAGCUGCAGAGGAUGGCAGCCAUUGACAGGAGGGACAUGAAUUCCCAGAAUUCCUUUCGAGGGCGCGGGGCUCUGUCCAGGAUAGUCAGUAUGGUGAUGACUCUGAGAGAAUGGGCUCAGAAGAGUUUGGCCGAGGAGACGGAGCGCCCAGAUUCCUUUUUGGAGCGUUUCCGGGGCCCAGCCACCAUGGAUAUACAAGCCCCGCCCAGCAGGUUCAGCCACAGCCACACAGGUUCGGAUACGGAGAAUGAAAUCAGACGCUCCAGACGCAUGAAGCGGAAGUGUCACGUUGUGGUUUUAUCUCCAUCUGAUGACGCCUACUACCACUGGUUGAUUGUGAUUGGUGCAGCAGUUUUCUAUAACUGGACCCUACUAGUUGUCAGGGCCUGUUUUGAUGAGCUCCAGAUGAGCAACGUGCUGGUGUGGCUAGUGCUGGACUACCUCUGUGAUGGAGUAUAUAUCUUGGAUAUUGCCGUUCGUCUCCACACAGGUUUCUUGGAUCAAGGCUUGUUGGUGAAAGACGUCCGCCGUCUGAGAGAAACCUACCUGCGAACGCUGCAGUGUAAGCUGGACAUCUGCUCCAUCCUUCCCACUGACCUCCUGUACCUGACCGUUGGGACUGGCUACACGCCGCUGCUUCGACUCAACCGGCUGCUGCGGCUGCCUCGUCUCUUUGAGUUCUUUGAGCGAACAGAAACACGAACAGGCUACCCCAACACUUUCCGCAUCUGUAAGCUGGUCCUUUACAUCCUAGUCAUCAUCCACUGGAACGCCUGCGGCUACUACAGCUUCUCCAAAGUCCUGGGACUAGGAUCUGACUCAUGGGUUUAUCCCAAUGCAUCCGACCCUGAGUUUGGGUCCCUGGGCAGAAGCUACAUUUACUGUCUAUACUGGUCGACCCUGACGCUGACCACCAUUGGAGAGACUCCUCCUCCUGUGAGAGACGAGGAAUAUCUGUUCUUGAUAUUUGACUUUCUGGUUGGUGUGCUGAUCUUUGCCUCCAUUGUGGGGAAUGUUGGAUCCAUGAUCUCCAACAUGAAUGCAACACGAGCAUCUUUUCAAACCCGUGUGGACGCUCUCAAACACUACAUGCACUUCAGACGUGUCAGCAAGGUGCUGGAGCAGCGCGUCAUUCGCUGGUUUGACUAUCUCUGGACCAAUCAGAAGACGAUUGAUGAACAAGAAGUGCUGAGGAGCUUGCCUAAUAAACUGAGAGCAGAAAUAGCUAUAAAUGUUCACCUGGAUACACUGAAGAAGGUCCGUAUCUUCCAGGACUGUGAAGCGGGCCUCCUCAUAGAACUGGUGUUGAAACUUAGACCACAGGUUUUCAGUCCUGGAGACUACAUCUGUAGAAAGGGUGAUGUUGGUAAGGAGAUGUACAUAAUUAAAGACGGCCGGCUGGCGGUGGUGGGGGACGAUGGAGUCACCCAGUUCGCUGUUCUGACAGCAGGAAGUUGCUUCGGAGAGAUCAGCAUCCUGAACAUCAGCGGCAGCAAGAUGGGGAACAGACGCACGGCUAAUAUCCGGAGUCUGGGAUACUCUGACCUGUUCUGCCUUUCCAAAGUAGACCUGAUGGAGGCGCUUCAAGAGUUUCCACAUGCCAGGGCCCAGCUGGAGCAGAGGGGGCGGGACAUCCUACGGAAAGAGGGGCUUCUGGAGGAAAUUAAUGUGUCUGCAGGAGAAGAGCUGGAGGAGAAGGUGGAGAGGCUGGAAACUAGUUUGGAUCGGUUGCAGACAUGUUUGGCCCGUCUGCAGAGUGAGUUCAACUCCUCCCAGCUUCGGCUCAAACAGCGAAUCACAGCCCUCGAACACAACACCACCACUGCAGCCAUCGGCAGCGGCUUCCUGUCAGACGCUGAUGGCACCGAGAGCGUCUCCGGGGGUGACGGAGCACGAAGUGAAAUCAACAUCCGGCUCUGAAGAACUAUUUUAUUCUUGUUUUAUUAAGUCAGACCUUCCACCUUGUCUCAUGCACACAGAGAUUCCCCCUGAUUCUUUGAAUCUUUUAAUUAUAUUAUAAACUGUAGAUGGUUGGAAGUCUUCACAAUUGUAUGUUGAGAAACAUUUUUUAUAAAAUUGUUCCACAACUUUG